AUAAUAAUGUUCACUGUUAGUUGGCAGCAUGUGGGGUAGGAGCUGUACAUGGUAAUAUAUUUGUUCAGUGAUUCUAGAUUGUCGACACCUGGUUUGUUGGCCCUUUGUUAGCAGAAUUUGAUACAAAAACACAAAACCUUCCAGUCUAGCUUCUUGACAGGAACUUCCUAACAAGAGUUACAUGUGGAAUCAACUAAAGCCUUUCUAUCUAUACUGUAGAUAUAUGCUUCUGUGAAUCUUUUACUGAUUGAAGUGAUUCAAAGAUUAAAAAAACUGAAGCUAGAGAAUAUAUACCAGGAAACACACUGCGGGGAGAAAGCAGAAAUACUAAAACUGCGUGCUACAAGUAUGGGAACAAAGCAGUGCUGUGGUGAACACAGACGGAGACUGGAGUUGUUCUGUCAGGAGGAUGAGACCUUUAUCUGUACAAUGUGUGUUCCCAGACAUUCCAGGCACAGUUUUGUGUUCCUGCAUGAGGCAAUCAGCGGGUACAAGGACAAACUGAAAAUUGCAUUAACGUCUCUAGAGUUCAGAGUAAAACAUUUUGAACAUUUGCAAAUCAAAAAGGAGAAGGAAAUUGCAGACAUACAGGAAGAUGUGUUUUGUUUGAAACAAUACAUUUCACAAGAAUUUGCAAAACUGCACGACUUUCUGCAAGAGAAGGAGCAAAAACUCAUCCAGCAGCUUAAGAAUGAAGCAUCAAACGUUCUGAAAGAAAUGGAAGAUGAUCUUGAAUGCACUGAAUGUGAUAUUUUAUCCUCCUGUUUGGUAGUGUCCAAUGCUGAUUCUGAUCUCAAGAAUAAAGAGGCAGACGUUCUGAAAGACAAAGACACACAUGUACCCAUUAAAGCUGAUAUUACACCCACUAACAAGACAUUAUCCGAUAAUCGUUUGGAGAUCAGGCAACUUAAACCUGUUCGUUUACUUAUGAUACCACAAACCUUUGAGGAUGUCGCUAUUACUUUUACUGAAGAGGAAUGGAAAAUGUUAAGAAAACAAGAUAAGGAGCUUCACAGAGAAGUGAUGAUACAGAAUUAUGAAGCCUUGGUUUCAUUAGGAUACAAAAUCCCUCCAGAGAAAUUAUUAUUCCUAGUAAAAGAAGGCAGUUAUGUGCUAGAACAUGACACAAACGAGGAAACUAGCGGAGAACAGAAGUCUAUUCUCGAUGGCAGCUUCUGCAGUGCCAGAACCAGAGAAUGCAUUGCAAGUUACAGUCAGCAGCUGCCACAUGGGACACCCCAGUUACUUUACCCAGAUAACUUCCAACAGUGUGCUCUGCCUGUGAAAGGCAAUAAGAUGCCUGAUCUCACUCCUGUAGCAUCGCUUCAGUCAAUGCACAACAGCAAGACCCCUGAAUGUGGAAAUGGAACACGUAUGUUACCCAUGUUCCCUCAGCCUGUAGAGAGCCUACAGCAGUAUGUACAGCCUGUAAAGGGCUGUAAGAAGACUGAUAUCACUCCUGUAGCAUCACUUCAGUCAGUACACAACAGCAAGAUCCCUGAAUGUGGAGCUGGAACACCCAUGUUACCUCACUCUAUAGAGAGCCUACAGCAGUAUGUACAGCCUGUAAAGGGCUGUAAGAAGACUGAUGUCACUCCUGUAGCAUCACUUCAGUCAGUACACAACAGCAAGACCCCUGAAUGUGGAGCUGGAACACCCAUGUUACCUCACUCUAUAGAGAGCCUACAGCAGUAUGUACAGCCUUUGAAGAGCUGUAAGAAAUCUCAUCUUACUCAUAUGCCACAUCCUUUCACAGGAUGCGACUACAGUAAGAGCCCUGAAUGUGAUGCAGGUUGGGAAGAGCACAAUGAGAAGAACCUAUAUAAAUGUACAGAAUGCAGUAAGGGCUUCGCAAGGCUGUGGAAUCUUCAGCGGCAUUAUGCCAUUCACACAGGUGCAAAGCCAUAUAAAUGUGCUGAAUGCAGUAAAUGCUUUAUACAUAAGUCACAUCUAAAAUACCAUGAGAGUUCACACACAGGGGAGAAACCAUAUAAAUGUACUGAAUGCAGUAAGAGUUUUGCACGCGUCGGUGAUCUGCGACGGCAUGAAAGAAGUCAUACAGGAGAGCGUCCAUAUAAAUGUCUUGAAUGCAGUAAAUGUUUCUCGCAACUCUCUCACCUUCAGGGGCAUCAAACCAUUCAUACAAGAGAGAAAGAAAUUAAUCCUGAAAACAGCCUUGAUAUCUAGGAAUAAAAUCCAAGCUGUAAGUCAA